UAUGAUUCUCGCUUAGGGAAAUAACCCAAGCAUAUAUGCGAGAGGUCCCGCGUUCGAUCCGCGGCUCGGGCCUUUACUUUUUCUUUUUCUUCCUUAUAUUGCCCUCUAUUAUACAUAUACACAUAUCUCUUUUCUUGACUGCCAACUGCCCAUCGCUUUGGUCUUUUUCUUAUCUUAUCAGGCAAGCCCGUGAUGAUGCAAUUUCCCUGCCCAUAUGCGGAGUCUGCUUCCUUAGUACCAAAAUACUAUGUCCGAGUAUAGUUCGUAGUACUCGUUACGAACACGAAGUCAAACUUUCCUUUUACUCUAAUACUUACUUACCCACAUAAUUGCACACAAGCUGAUCGAUUGUGUUAACAAGCUCUACACCCCCUUAGCCAUAUUCUAUCGAAAAUUUAUGUCCAUUGAAGUGCCCGGAGAAAAAUCCGACGAACGUGCCGAUGAACCCCAUAUCAGGGACUUAAGCUCGGAAUCUCCGCCCGACACCUCCAUCCAUAUAUCUCUCUGCAACUAUCAAAAACACCUUCCCCCUCCAACCAACAACCAACACAUACCUAGUAAAUAAGUCACCCACCAAAAUGUCAACCCUCGCAUUCAUCGGCUGCGGAAACAUGGGCUCCGCAAUCCUGAGCGGCCUCCUAGACGCCACCCGCUCGGAACCCCAAACCGCCAAAAUCACCCACUUCAACAUCAGCACCAAGAGCGCCGCCUCGGCCUCCAAUCUGCGCACCACCUACUCAGCCGACGCAUCGCGCCUGACCAUCACGCACGGCGCAAACGUCCGCGCAAUGCAAGAAGCCGACAUCAUCAUGCUAGCAUGCAAACCCUUCCUGGCGCAGGACAUCCUCUCGCAACCAGGCGUGGCGGGCGCCCUCCUCGGCAAAUUCGUAAUCAGCAUCAUGGCAGGCAAAUCCGCGGCUGAAAUCAGCGAACUCAUCUACGCAGGAAGCGGAAGCGGCGUAGCCGAGGACAAGAAGCCCGUGAUCGUGACGGCGAUGCCGAAUGUUGCGGCGCGGCUGCGGCAGUCCAUGACGAUUGUGGAGGAGAAUGCUGCGCUGUCGGCGGAGCGGGCGGAGAUCCUGCAGUGGAUUUUCGGGCAGAUCGGGCGGGUCAAGUAUGUGGCGCCGGAGAUGGUGGAUGCUGGGUCGAUGGUUUCUGGGGCGGCGAUGGCGCUGGUGAGUCUUGCUGUUGAUGGGAUUUUGGAUGGGGCUGUUAUGGAGGGUUUUCGGCGGGGGGAGGCGUUGGAGGUUUCAGCGCAGGUGUUGGAGGGGCUGGCUGGGUUGUUGAGGGAGGGGGUGCAUCCGGCGGUUUUGAGGGAGAGUAUUUCUUCGCCGAGGGGAUGUACAAUCCAGGGGCUUUAUGCGCUGGAGAAGAAUGGGGUGAGGGGGGCGUAUGCUGAGGCGUUGGUGAGGGGGACGAAGCAUUUGAGGGGGGAGAAGGAGUAGGGUAGAUACGUAAGUAUGGGUCUGUAUGUAUAUGUGUAGUGGAGGGUUGGGGCUGGGGCUGGG